AUGGCGUCAUCUCUAUUGUUCAUUCGCAGAGCUCGAUUUUCAACCAUUCUCAAUUUCUCAUUCAAUAAGGAACGCCCUUCAAUUCCCUUCAUUUCUAAUCCCAAAACCCUAAAACUAUGUCCCUCGCUCCCCAUCCUCAGAACCCUUUCCACCUCGGCUUUCUCAGAGAAUUUGCAGAGGCCAAACCCUCAACCCUCCGAUCCUUCCUGGAAUUUGAAUCACAAUCCUGACAAUCAGUGGAUCCAGCAGAACAAUAAUUUGGGAAAUCCCAAUUCGAACAAUAAUUACAGUACUAAUCCGACGAAUCGGGGCUAUACGAAUCCUGGAGUUUCUAGCCCGAACCCUAAUUUCCCCCCUCCUCAUAACCACAACUAUCGACCUUCGAGUGGAAGUGUUAACCAGUGGAACAACAACAAUCAAAAUCAGCUGUACCCACAAAACCAAAACCCUAAUUGGAGCGAAAGUUAUCCUCAACAAGGGGGGUUUCAAAAUCAGGGUUCUCCGCAAAACUUUAGUCAGAGGCAAAAUUAUCCACAGCCUGGAGGUGGGAAUCAUAAUCAGGGGUAUUUACAUAGGCAAAACCCCAAUCAGUGGGGAUCACAAGAUCAGAAUGCUGUGAAUAGUCGAGUUCAGCAUCAAGGGCAGUUUGAAAAUAAUCAAGUCCCUGGUGCAGGUGGUCCUCCUGCUGCUGCUGUUGAUUUAUUGAGUCUCUGCCGUGAGGGUAAGGUUAAGGAAGUAAUUGAACACAUGGAGCAGGGGUUGCGAGCUGAUGCUGAGUGUUUUAGCUUGCUUUUUAGUUUGUGUGGGAACUUGAAAAAAAUUGAGGAUGCUAAGAAAGUGCACGAUUACUUCUUGCGGUCAACCUUUAGGAGCGAUCUUCUGUUGAACAAUCAGGUGCUUGACAUGUACUCAAAGUGUGUUAGUAUGACAGAUGCCCGGAGAGUUUUUGAUCAUAUGCCCGAUCGGGAUAUGGAUUCUUGGCACUUGAUGAUCAAUGGGUAUGCAGCGAACGGGCUGGGUGAUGAUGGGUUGGCUUUGUUUGAGCAGAUGAGGAAGUUGGGGUUACAGCCAAAUGGGGAAACCUUUCUUGCUGUUUUAGAGGCCUGUGCUAGUGCUGAAGCUAUUGAAGAGGGUUUCAUACAUUUUGAGUCUAUGAAGGCUGAUUAUGGAAUUCCUCCUGGGAUCGAACAUUAUCUGGGGCUUCUUGGUGUACUUGGGAAGAUUGGACAUCUUGCUGAGGCAGAGGCUUUCAUUGAAACUCUCCCAUUUGAACCCACAGCUGUUAUUUGGGAAGCAUUGAUGAACUAUGCUCGGAUACAUGGGGAUAUUGACCUUGAAGACCAUGCCGAGGAAUUGUUAGUCAGUCUUGAUCCUUCAAAGGCUGUUGCCAAUAAGAUCCCCACUCCUCCACCAAAGAAGCAUUCUUCAAUUAAUAUGCUAAUUGGGAGGAACAGGAUUCUGGAGUUCCGUAACCCUACCCUCUACAAGGAUGAUGAGAAGUUAAGGGCCGCAAUGAAAGAGCAAGCUUAUGUGCCCGACACCAGGUAUGUUCUUCAUGACAUUGACCAGGAGGCAAAGGAACAGGCACUACUUUACCAUAGUGACCAGGAAUGUCUCAAUGCCAUCGAGAUAGUCGCCAAUAUCAGGGUACUAUAUUGUGCUUUAUCUAGCAAACAAUGCCAAGAACUCGGGUUCUGA